AGUGUGAUUCGGUGCGCCGUCGGUCCCAGACCGCGGAUCAUUUUAUGUGCAAUUAUUUUGAAACGUUGGAAGUAUGUGCGAAGUUCGGUUUGGUUUUGUUUUACAAUGCACCUGUACAAAAACCAAUUUUUUGGUAAUUUCAUUCAUCAGUUGUUUGUUUUAUUGAAAUUAUUAUAAUUUAAACAAAUUACGCGGUGUGUUUUGCUGAACAUUUGGUGCAAAUUAAAUCAUUUCAAUUGUGGUCGAAACCAAUUACGUGCAUCAAAGUAAAGCCGGGAAGCCACAUUUUGUAUUCGCUGCACACGAGUCAAAUACACUUUCAUUGCAUUUUUGAUAUGCGCAAUAAUUUGAAAAUGUGAACAAAAAAAAACACCAAAUAUAAAAUGGCCCAAAGUUACAUUCAAUUGAGUUGAAUACCUUCGCGUAUCGUACAACAUUUUUACUCUUAAAGGGGAAUAGAAAAAUAGAAGAAACUGUAGAAAAAUUGUGUAAACUGUGAAAAAUGGGCGAACAUGCAUCUGAAUUCAAUGCAAAUAGCUCGCAGCAAAUCAUCAAAAACAUCAAUCCACCAGUUUGCAUUCAGAAUGUACCGUCAUUGCAAGUGGAAAACAGUGCAUCAGGUACGUCUCCGGUACAUUCAAAAAAUGCUAGUGCUAUGAAUGUCGGUUCUGAUAUAAGUGGUAGUACAAACAAUAACAUAAACGAAGGUAGCGUCGGUUGUGUAAAUCCGUUGGCCAUUACAAACAUCAGUGGAAGCAACGUGAAUCGGAUCAGCAGUGGUGCAAUAAAUAAUUCAAAUGGAAUACCGGCUAAUAUUCGCACAACAAUAAAGGCGAAAGGACCGAUUCGGGUUGGUUUCUACGAUAUCGAGCGCACGAUUGGUAAAGGAAAUUUCGCAGUGGUUAAAUUGGCCCGACAUCGUAUCACAAAAAAUGAGGUUGCUAUUAAAAUUAUCGAUAAGUCACAGUUGGACAGUGGGAAUUUGGAGAAAGUAUAUCGCGAAGUGGAAAUCAUGAAACGAUUAGACCACCCGCACAUCAUUCGACUAUAUCAGGUGAUGGAGACAAAACUAAUGUUGUAUAUUGUGUCUGAAUAUGCUAGUCAAGGGGAAAUUUUCGAUUAUAUUGCUCGAUAUGGAAAAAUGAGCGAACGAGCGGCACGACAAAAGUUUUGGCAAAUUCUUUCUGCUGUUGAGUAUUGUCACAAGCGUGGGAUUGUUCAUCGAGAUCUUAAGGCUGAGAAUCUUUUGCUAGAUUCAAAUAUGCGAAUCAAAAUAGCAGACUUUGGUUUCUCAAACUUUUUCCACCCAGACGAGUUGUUAGCCACAUGGUGCGGUAGCCCCCCAUACGCCGCCCCUGAAGUUUUCGAGGGAAAGAGAUACGUCGGCCCUGAAAUCGAUGUCUGGUCUUUGGGUGUUGUACUUUAUGUUCUCGUUUGUGGAGCUUUGCCAUUCGAUGGGUCGACAUUACAAUCAUUGCGUGAUCGAGUUUUAUCUGGAAGAUUUCGCAUUCCAUUUUUUAUGUCACAGGAUUGUGAAUCAUUGAUUCGAAAGAUGCUUGUUCUUGAUCCACAUCGUCGCUACACCAUCGAACAGAUCAAACAACACCGAUGGAUGAUGAUCGAAGUAAUGGAUCCGAUCUCACUAGCAUGUGAUAGCCAAAAUGCUUUAACUCGCAAUGCGACAGCGAUUACUGAACCAAAUGAACAAAUCCUUAGACUGAUGGCAGGUCUGGGAAUAGACACACAAAAGACUUGCGAUAGUCUGAAGCUAAACAAUUACGAUCACCAUGCAGCUAUUUAUUUAUUAUUAUUGGAGCGAUUACGUACUCGAUCUGUAUCUCAAGAGAACAAUAUGGGGUUAUCAAAUAGUCAAUUAAAUGGAUCACAAUUGGUACAUGUGCAUUCAUUGAAACAUCCUUAUCCAACAUUGGAGCAACAACGAAGACGACCGUCAUCGAUUGCCGAACAAGCUAUGCGUAAAUUAGGCAUAUCAAACAAUCAUUGUUCGAUAGCAUCAAGCACAGACCUUCCACUUGAAGUAAUGCCAUCACUAGUUACAUUGCGAGACACAAGCAUACGUGAACAGACACCAUCACCGUCAGCAACUGUUUCAUCUACAUUACAUUACCUACGCGACAGCAAUGGUGGAUUGUUCUCAGCAAAUCGAGAGCAAAGUAGCCGUGAUUUUCAUUCUCCAUAUGGUCCGUACGGAAGUUUGGCAACAACAGGACGUGAAAAUAGUGUUUUGCUAUCACGGGAUAUGGGUCAAAGUGGCUGCUAUCCGAAUAGAGCAUCUUCAAAUCGACUAUUAAUGACGGCCGGCCUGGAUCAGCGCAUAAUAAAGCAGAGUACUGAAGAUUGUCGACGAUUAUUGCAACAGGCAACCGCUGUCGCUGAUCCAAAUCGAACACAGACCAUCAAACCAGCAAACAUGGAAUUAAGCUCAACACCCCCAAAACAUCCAUCGAAUGGGCUAUCUGCACUUCCACCGAACCAGUUCCGAGCGCUUAGCACAUCGACCAGUUUUGAUUCGAAAUCCAGCAUCCCGAAUUUCUGUUCACGUUUUCAAAUGUCAGCAGAAGCAUCAAAACUGUUUCAUACUCUUCAACAAAGUCCACUGCCCUUGAAUUCAGAGACUCAAGCCAUGGAUACAACAACCAAGUUCAUUGCAAAUCAAAACACACAUGGUGUACUAAGUCAAGAGUUGAACUUGUCGACUCCCGUACAAUCUAAAGAAAAAUCACCUAGAUAUAGUGAGAUGUCGGCCAAAGAAUCACCAUCAACAAAAGAUUUACGAGCUGUAGUGCAACCGUUCACCAACUAUACACCUGAAGGAGAUCCAAAUACGUUUCAAAUGCUACGACACUCACAAAUCAUACAACAAUGCAGUUCGAGCACAGAUGAAGGUUGCGACACUGAUCACGGUGAAAUGGAGGAUGUGGUUCAACCAUCAGUACCCCCAUCAAUUCAACGACUCAACUCGUACGCUAGCAGUAGCUCAUCAAGUGGUGUUGUCACAAAUUUCCACUCGAAAAGUCUGAGUCAAAACUUGAGCUGCGAAUCGUCGCGCAGCAAUUUUUCAACAUUUGAAAGUCUAGAUUUGAAUCUUUCCGAUUGUAGUGAUUUAGCAGCUAGCCUACCGUCAUGUGCGAGCAGCAUGGCAACAGCAACUAAUGAUAGUUCCAAAGAUCACGUUUGUAGACCUGUGGUUAGUGCUUCUACCAUUCAUCCAUCGGUUUGUCUGUCAAUGUCAGGAAAGUUACAAUGUUCAGUUUCCCGUCAAAAUCCAUUGAGCUACAAACAACAUUUGUGCGAUAGUUGUAGACCAACCACAAGAUCCCCAGUUGAUUUUAGGGAGGGUCGGAGAGCAAGUGAUGGUUUAGUUGCACAAGGUAUAUUACAAUCAAAAACGGAACAUCCCAUGAUGGAUGCAACCAUCGCGUUUAACAGUCAGCGUUUGCAUGAGGUAUGCAAAGCAAAAGGUGUACUUGAAUUGCAUUUACUUCAGAAAGAAGCAUCUCAACUGAAAACUCAGUACCAGGCAAACGUUACGAUUGAUGAAGCAACAGCUCGUCAGAUGCAGCAUAUCCUGUUCCAUGACAGUCCGAAAACUCUGAAUAAAAGUUGUGAGGGACAUUUCAAUAAAGCCGGUGAUUUGGCCAUCUACCCAUGUAAAUAUGACACUGGCCCUAAUGUGAACAAAAUGAGCGAGCAAUGUGGUGCUUUACAGAAACCACCAUUACAACAACAGCUCAUGCAACAUCGGCUUCUACAGCAAAAAAGACAAGUUCUUCAAAAGCAAGUGGCACUGGAAAAUGGUCUAAGUCGACGACAAAUGCUACGCCAGCAAAGUUACAAAUUGGCACAACAGCAACAAGUAUUGCCACCAUUAUCACUUCCACUCAGCGAAAUCGAGUCCAAAGAUUUACUUGCAUUUCAAGCAUUGGUUGAAGGUUCUACACCGAAAAAUUCUCAUAUUUAUGUUUCGCAAACACCAAAGUCAUCGAGUCUAUCACCAGUAUUAAACGGAUCUCCAAAGAUGAUAAAAACAUCACACAUACAACAGCAAACUAUGCAAAAACCACUAUUGCAUUCAUCUUGCCAUGUAUCAGACAGCUGGAAUACAAUAUCCGGCUCAAUGAAAACAAUUUCGAUUAGCGAAAAUCCAAUGAAUGUGGACAGUGGGUGGUCUACACAAGCAGCUUUACAGCAGGUAUACUUUUCUAACCACUAGAUAAUUAAGUGAACAGAGCGUUUUCAUAUCGAAACCAUUUAACCAAAUACGUAUAGUAAAAAGUUGAAAUAAUUUUUAUUCGAACGUCUUGUAUUUAUAACUAUUAAUUUUAUGUUCGGUAGUACGAUUUGUAUACGUAUAAUAUAAUAGAACAAUCAUGAUUUGCAUAGACGAAUUCUUUAUUUGAAAAAAAAAGAAAACAGAUAGUCGUAGUAGUUUUAUUUUCAGCAAAAAAAUUUAUUUAAAAAUCUAGAAUGCUUUUGUAAAUCUCGUCAUUAGAAGCUUUGAUUAUUUGACAAUACACCUCACAUCGAUCUUAUAAUCGGAUUGAAGGCAAUGGCAAGAAAUUCGUGAUCGAUUGUACUUGGAAUUUGCAUUAGGCAAACAUGGCUUUGGAAAUGUGUCAUGAUUUUAUUAUUUAAUCUGACUUCGCCGUUUUCGUUCCAGGCGAACGCAAGCUUGUGCAUACCACCAUGGCCACAAGGAUCACAUUCAAUUUCAGCAUCAUUACUACCACUGAAUGAAAGCCCUUUGCUGGAAAUAUCCGAGCAAAUGGAAUCAAUUUAAUAUGGAUUUCAGAUUAUUUCUACUGUUAUUACUAAAAAAUUGGAUGAUAGAAAAGCAUAAAAAGUCAAAUUUAACAUUUUUUUUUUGGAAAAACGUAAUAUCAUCAUUAAUUAUCCUUUACAAAAUAUCCUCAGGGGUUAUUACAACAACAAUGGAAAAAUUUCUAUUUGACGUUUUUCAUACGUAACAAAAAAAACUAUAGCCCAUAGUGAAGGGAAAUCAUCGUAAAUACGGUAGAAAAAUGAACUGAUAUAAUCAAAACUGUUUGAAAAUUAUGCCAACAAUGGAAUAAACGUACUUUGAACGAUAAUAUUUGCUAUCCAAUAUGUUUGAACGAUAAUAUAUGUGGAAAAUUGUUUGAGACUGGUAAAUAAUUUAGCAUUGUAAUUAUUGAAAUCUUGUUUCUGUUUCUAUCAAACGAAUGUGUGAACAACUAACUGAACAAAUAAUAAAUGUUCUAACACUUCAGUCGAACAUAGUUUAACGCAAGUAGGAAAAUGCUGAUACAAAAUUUUGUAUAUUUCCUCUUCCUUCUCGUGUUGAGCAAAUGUUUGAAUUCAAAUAGUCAUAUCUAUAAAAUAAACUGAAUUUCUUUCACACAUUUUAUAAAUACCGUCACAUUCAUUAAAUCAAACAAAGAACUCAUUGCCUCAACAGCUAUUGGAAAAAUACAAUGUUCUGAAUUUUAGUUUUGCUUUUAAAAAUGCAGAAAAAAAUUAGCUAAAUGCUCCAAUCUUUUAAGUUCUGUCCAAAUAAAAAUAAAUUCGAUUGGAGGUGAAAAAUAUCAAUUGUGUAUAUUAGGAAAAUGAAAAUAUAGAAAAAAAUGAGGGAGAAAUAUUAGUUUGCACCUUUCGAUUUUCUCAGCUCAAAAAUACCUUUUUCACAUUCAAUUAAUUUUGAUGAAGCAUUUUUUUCUAUGUUUUAAAACCAAUUCUAAAAGAAUAUCUCGUAGUAAUACAUAAAUUAAAAAUUGUGCAAAUUUUGUUUUAGGAAAUUUCAAAAACUAAAUCCAAAACAAUUUUUCUCGAAAGCGUAAUCAUAUCAACGGCAUACAGUGGUUAAGCUAACCGUAACCGUAUAAACACAUGUUGCACUUUGAAGGUGUAAAUAAAGUCGACUAUCAAAAAAGAAAAGUCGAGUUUAAAGCCGAAUUAGUAAUUAGUUUACUAAGUCCUAAAAAUUAAAAGGUAUAAACACGAUUCACUAAAAAUGCUACAAAAACCCUGCUGAAGACUUUUUUUGGCCUAUUACAAUGAAUCAGUUAAAUGAAUUGUGCAGACAUUCUGCAGAUAAAUUAAAAGAAAGUGAAUCAGUUUUGUGACACAAUUUUGACUUUCUUUCUUAGUAAUUGUGACAAUAAAUCUAAAAUAAGUUAUGUGAUAAUUUGAAUUAAAAAAAUGAAACAAAAACAAACCAUUUCUUUCGGAUCACGUUGAAUUUUUUCAUUCAUGAGUACAGGCAUUCUAACAAGUUCAGCUGUUUUUUCAAUGCACAACUUUGUUUACUUGGAAUGAAAAAUACGAAUUUUACAUAUACAACAUUAUGACAAUUUACAAUUUUUUACAGCCAUCUAGUCAACACACAGAAUAAAACUACUUAAAUUUAUGUAUAACCAAAAUAAGUAAAAUUUCUGGAUUAUGUCUUGAUCAAAUCAGCACCUUACAUCUUGCAAAUGCAAUAAAUUGAAAAAUAAUCUAAAGAUGACAAACUUUUCCAUAGAUCACGAACUACUAUAUAAUAUACAGACACAAAAUUUAAUCAAAAUUUGGAAGAAAAGAAUGUACAAAAUAAUACAAAUACACAGACGAAAAUUAUCAAAUUAAGAAGUGAUCAUAAUUGUAAACACAAAAUUUGAAUAAAAAUCUAUACAAUUAUCAUCA